CCCACGACAUUGGGAAUGGCUCCUAAAAGAGAACCCUCCAUUAAGAAGAUUCCUUCACCAGUGACCCAACCCAGACUGGGUCCUCCUUAUCCCUCCCUUCCUGCAGUUUCUGUAGCUCCAAAACUGAUUCCAGAGCAGAAGCCGAGGAUGCUGCGUCCUUCAGAUUCACCAUUUGACCCCAGCACUUUGGAGAUUGAAUUUAACCUGGAUCAAAUUCAUGAGUUUAAGGAGGCAUUCCUGCUGUUCGACAGGACAGGAGAUGGCAAGAUCAGCUUCAGCCAGUGUGGGGAUGUUAUGCGAGCGCUGGGACAGAACCCCAUUAACGCUGAUGUACUCAAAGUCCUGGGAAACCCAAAGGCUGAAGAGAUGAACACCAAGAUGCUGGACUUUGAGCAGUUCCUGCCCAUGUUUCAGGCCAUUGCAAAGAACAAAGAUCAGGGAUCCAUGGAGGAUUUUGUGGAGGGACUACGUGUCUUUGACAAAGAGGGCAAUGGAACAGUAAUGGGAGCAGAACUACGUCAUGUCCUCACCACGCUAGGGGAGAAAAUGACAGAGGAAGAGGUGGAAACACUCUUGGCAGGACAUGAAGAUGCAAAUGGCUGCAUCAAUUAUGAAGCAUUUGUCCGCCACAUCAUGUCAGGCUGAGGGCCGAACUGGUCAGAAUGGUUAUGAGCGGAUGAAGAUGAAGAGCAUCACACUUUUUUUUCCCCCCUUUUCUCAUGGGUUUCCAGUGCAUUUAGCUUUUCCAGACCUCCCCAACCUUUUUAAUUUAAAAAGUGCCUUUACAUUCCCCAGACAAGACCACAAACAGUCCUGUCUGGUCUAAACAUGUAUAUGACCAACUUAUGUUCAUUAAGGAGUGUUUGUAUUUGCAUUGUUUGCAAUAACAUUUCAAGAUGCAACAUUUGAAAUGAGAUAAAUUGAUAUGCUGUAACUUCUGAUGCCAAUGUGUCCAUGUUGAAGAGGACAUUAAUAUAUUGAAUAUAAGAAUUUUACUGUAACAUUAUGCAUCAUUGGCUAAGAUUUGCUUUGGAUGAAUAGAAAUGUUCCCAAAUUAGUGGUAAAUCAACAAAUCUGAAGUCAUAAUAUCACAAGCUAGAAACAUUUCAGACUGGCUCCUAUAUUUUUUAUUCACUCCAGUUUUGUUGCAACAUUUUAAUAAAUGUGUUUUUUUUCUCCUCAAAA